AUGGCUCCCACCACCGCUGCUCCCAAGAAGGCCCCCGCCGCCAAAAAGGCCGCUACUCACCCUACUUUCCUUGCUAUGAUCCAAGAAGCCGUCAAAGCUCACCCAGAGGACUCUAGAAAAGGUGUCUCCCGACCUGCCAUCAAGAAAUACCUCGCUGAUACUUACAAGAUCGACAUGAGCUCAGCCUCCAACACCAACAACCUCUCCAACGCCAUCAAACGAGGUGAGGAGAAGAAGGAACUCGUCCUUCCUAACGGUAUCUCCGGUCGAGUCAAGCUUGCCGCUAAGGUCAAGACCGCUGCCGGUAAAGAGAACGUUGCUCCUAAGAAGAAGGCUGCUACCACCACCGCCAAGAAGCCAGCUGCCAAGAAAGCUGCUGCUCCCAAGAAGGCCGCCGCUACCGGUGCCGCUAAACCCGCCGCCAAGAAGACUGCCGCUGCCGGUGCCAAAAAACCAGCUGCUAAGAAGACUUCUGCCGCUAAGAAAGCUCCUGCUGCUAAAGCCGCUGCUGGUGCCAAAGCCGCUCCUAAGAAAGCUGCCGCCCCCAAGAAGAAGGCCGCUCCCGCCAAAAAGGCUUAA